CCGGACUUGGCAGUUCGCGCUGGCCGCCGUCGGUCGGUUCACUAGCGGUUUCUGGUCGCAGGUGAGGAAGGAGCCGGUGGGACCAUGGCCGAGGAUGCGACUGUUGUGUCCGAGGAGACUUUAACGAGUGCUCUGGCUCUGAUGGUCAACUUGGGGAAGGUCCUCCUAGAGACAGCCAAGCACGAGGCGCAAGAGUCCCUGGAGAAGUUUGUCCCGUAUAAGAUCACCACUUUACUCGGCCUGAUCACCGCCGGAGCAGACUUCUACAGAAGCAUUGGAGUAAAGAAAAAGACCGAAGCAGAGAAGGUUUGGCAGAGGUUUUAUCACAAUGCAGCAGUGAGAGAGCUGGUGGAAGAACUUCUGACACUUGAGAGUGAAUGGGACUCCUUCCUGGAGAGUGUGGACAGUCGUCUACAGACGACAGACAGGCAGCUGUCAGGAGGAAAGAUCGCAGACCACCUGAGCCCCGACACAGCGUUCACCGAUGGACGGAGUGGAGAGAGCGUGACUCUCGGUCGGUACCUGGGUCAGGGUCAGAAGCCGCUGCUGGUCCUCAUCCGACAUUUUGGAUGACUCCCGUGACGAGACCACGUGGCCGAGCUGGAGGCAAAUCAGGUUGCCCUGCAGGCUCGGUCACUGCGCGUCUUGGUGGUUUCUUUCGGGGGUCUGGAGGGGGCUCAUCUGUGGCUGGAGCAAACUGGAUGCACUUUCGACAUGCUGCUGGAUCCACAGAGAAAGGUAUACAGGAGCUUUGGCCUUGGCUCUUCCUACGCAAAGGUGAUGAGGUUCGGCAGCAUGCUGCUGUACUCAGAGUACGGAGCUGUGGACAGAGACUUUCCCGAUUUCCCCCCAUACCUGUUGGAAGAUAUCUACCAGAUGGGAGGGGACUUUUUGCUGGAUGAAGGAGGGAAGGUCCUUCUUUCUCACCUGUCUCAAAACCCAAUGGACAGGCCGACCGUGAAGGCCGUCCUUCAGGCAGCGGAGCCUGCAGACUGCUCUGCUGACUCGGCGGAGUAACACCAACGUGUGGACGGCGAGCUGUGACACUUAAGCCUGGUUUAUGCUUCUGCGUUUUCAGAGCGACGCAGACGCAAACGCAGAAGCAUGCGCCAGCCUUUACUCGGAGCUUUCCUUUUUCUGGGUUUUAUUAUUUUUUUACCACACCACUGACACCACAGAGGAAAAACAGCUCUUUGACUCCCAUUCAUGACGUCACGUCUUGCACUCAUGAACACAUGAAGAAAUGUGGCCGAUGCAGAACUGUGAAUCAAAGACGAGUGUUUUUCUCCUUGAGGUGUCAGUGUUGUGAUGGGAGCAGAUUUAGCAUAUUUUGUAUCUCUGGCAGGAAGAAAUUACUACAUUACCCAAAAUGAUGGUGUCGCUGGCUACUUGGUGGCUGGUCAGGUUAGAGAUGAAAUCUUCUUUUUUCCUUAAUCUUAAUUGCAGUUUUAUAAUUACAUUAAGUAGAAAAUCUGCUCCGAUUGGUAGUCAUGUUGUAGAAUUUGGAGAGAAUCAAUUUUAGAAAAUGUUACGUAUUCUACUUCAUUUUCUUAUUUGCACUUAUUAUAUAACAUAUGAAACAAUCCCCAGCACUACUACAAUGCAUGUGUAUGGGAGAAUCAGUAUAUAUCGUAUCGUAUAUAUUGUUCAUAAUCAGACAUUUGAGCAAUUGAAGCAGUGAAAUGUGGAACAUUCAUAAGUUUAUUAAGCGACAAAUAAACAAACAUAACUUUG